AUGUAUACCCCCCGCCACCUCUACACCCGUCUAACCCCAUUCACCCCUAAACCUAUUAAUCCCCCCCCCUCCCCCCCCUCUCCUACCACCUAUCCACUAUCAUUUACCUCCUAUGAUACCACAUUCAUCCUCAAACAAGAUUCACCACCUCAUCAAUCAUACCCCCCAAUCUACCAAAAGCCCCCCAUCUACCCCCUGUCAAUAUCCGUACAUCCUCCCCCCCCCAUCAAGCCCCUCUCCACCCCCCUCACCCCCUUCUAA